UUGAGUGGUAGGUACCGCAGCUAACUCCAUGAUAAAUGCUUGCAAAGUCUCGUGCUAAUCUCAAACACUUCCAGUCUUCCUCCAUUUUUCUCUCUGCUUAAUUCUCUUCGGGCUCUGCCACAGCUUUUCUUCCUGGGAAGAGGCCUGCAAAUCUCCCCAUGGGGUCUGAGAUGGUUAUGGUGGAUGAACACCCUUUUCCUCAGCAGAUCACCACUACCAAGGCUCUCUCGCUGAUGGGUCAUGGACUCACGGAUGUUGAGAUACAUUUCCUCCAAAUCAAGUUCACUGCUAUCGGAGUGUACUUGGAUCCUGAAAUUGUCGUACAUCUAAAGCAAUGGAAGGGGAAGCCAGGAAACGUGUUGGCCACAGACGAUGACUUCUUCGAAGCUGUCGCUUCUGCCCCUGUAGCGAAAUUCUUCAGAAUCGUCGUGAUCAAAGAGAUCAAAGGCUCUCAGUACGGGGGGCUUCUGGAGAGCGCCGUCAGGGACAGGCUUGCGGCUGAAGACAAGUACGAGGAGGAGGAGGAAGAGGGCCUCGAGAAAAUAGUCGAGUUCUUCCAGUCCAAGUACUGCAAGAGCAAAUCGGUCAUCACAUUCCACUUCCCAGCAACUUCCAACACUGCUGAGAUUGCCUUCAGCACCGAAGGGAAGGAGGAUGCAAAGAUGGUGGUGGAGAACGGGAACGUGGCCCAGAUGAUCAAGAAGUGGUACUUGGGAGGGACCAGCGGAGUGUCUCCGAGCACCAUCACCAGUCUUGCCAACAACCUCUCUGAGAAGUUGUCCAAAUGAGAGAGAGAGAGAGAGAGAGAGAGAGAGAGAGAGAGAGAGAGAGAGAUACUGGUGAUGGGUCUAUGUAAUAAGUGACCGACGAAUGAGACUUUGAGUUUGAAUCGCCCCGUCUUUGCUUCCCCUGUUUUUGCCUCGGCCUAUAUUCCCUUUAGGCCAGUUCAGCUCAUAUUUCUCCUCUGUGGAAGCUUGAAAACAUGUCAAGAUGACAUUUUGAAUGUGUUAGGCAAUCAAUGGAUUCGUACGCCAUAGCAGGGAAAUAAAUUCAUUGACCUAUCAAUUAG